AUGUCUCUUGCCAUCAUUCAAAACAACAACAAAUACACCGAUAUCAACUUGGACAAUGAUCAUGCAACAUUGGAUGCUCAUCGCAGACAAAUCAUCAAAAGAAAGGUGCUGGCUAUUGGUAAAAUGUCAAGAUCAUACACUGUCUUGAAGGAACACCCGCAACUUGUACAGCAAUUAAAGACGUUGAGCAAUGGCAAAUUGCCCCUUGGUACAUUGGCUACUGGAGAACAAGGCAUUAGAGAUGCUAUUCUUCAGAAAUCAAUGUCUCAAGAACUAUCAAAAUUAAAAGAACAAAAAGACCAUUCAACAUUAUCGCAUCAGCCUACUCCAAAUUACAAGGUCGCAUCAAGAGGUGAAGGACAUGUCUAG